AUGAAUCAUCAUGAAUCAUCUCUCAGCUUCCACAAAGCAUGGGCGGGUGGCGAUAAGGCAAGCAAGCGUUAUGCAACAUUGAAGCCUUCCCCCUUUCCCCAUCCCGCCCGUGGAAGAAGAAAGCGUCCUGCGGCAGCUUCGAAGUCGAUUCGAGCUUGGCUGCAAAUGCCGUUUUUUGGCCACUGGCGACAACGCUUGGGAUCCUUCCAUGAAGAUCUCAUCAUUGCGGUCAAGACCAUGUUCUACUGCAGAGGACUGCAACAGGCGGGGCCGGAGGGUGGGGAUGCUGGGGAUGUGGGGGGAGAUGUUGGGUAUGCUACAGGAGGGAAGAAUAAAGGCUCCACUGAUUGCGCAGACGAUGCAUAUUCUGGUGGAGGAGACAAUGCGGUUGUACUGUGCGCAGGGCGGCAUGGCAAAAUUGCAGUGAGGCUCGCCUUGGUGGAGGACGAUCCCAGCGCCAACGAUGAUGGCAUAUCUUUGGUAAGGACCACGGAUUUGGCUGAAUCUCGUCCUCGCGGGCGUGAUAGAAUCCAGUCCCGUAUCGCGCCAAAGUUCCGUAAGGCAUUGCGGGGAAUCGAUGUACGGCGUAUCCUCACAGCCAAGGAGUACCGGAGGCAUGCGCUGGCGAGACGAGCUCUUAUGGAAGAAGAUGGUGUUUCCUCCAGCACCGUCGUUGUCCGAAUUCCGAAUGUCUGGCUUGUGUGCAACCAUCCUCCACAGUGCCUGUGCUGA